GGGGCAUCGCCGAAAGAAGAAGAAAACCGAACGUUGGCGGCUGCGCUUGCUCCCGAACAUUCCUUCCGACCGGUGCCUCCCCUCCGUACUAGCAGUCGAUCUGGAGCUUUCCGUCUUUUUUUUUUUUGUAUUCGUCUUGUUUUUGUCUUUUACAUUUAUUCGAGGUCGGUGAGGACAGAAGCGAGAUCCGGCGUUUCCUCGACGUGUUCUGGGACAUCCCGGCGAUGCAUGCUACGGCCGAAAGGUCGCUCGUCGAAAAAGGCAAGCAGGCGGCCAAGACGAUCACGACGCUGUUUCCGAGGAUACCGAAGACGUGCACCACCCUGCUGGAGGUCUUCAUCAAGCGCGAGAGCAAGGUGUCCCUGCUGCGAGACCCGCUGACGCACUUCUGCGAGGAGGAGCUUGUGCUCCACGCCCAGGAGUGCCUGCUGAAGAUCAACAAGCAGGUCGUCACGUUCCAGGACAUCCGCAGCAUGGCCGAGAACCUCAUCGGCCUGCACACCCUGUGCAUCAAGCGUGACCCUGACGUGGCCCGGACUCAGGGAGAAAACAUGCGCAAGCUGAUCAUCAUCGUGGGCGAGCUGGCCGGCUCGCUGGAACGCAUGUGCGACGUGCCCGUCACCGACUGGGUCGCCAUCGCCGACUCCCUAAUGGGCCGCAUGGAGAAGCUGAACCUGCCCAAGACGCUCCCGUUUGCAACGUACAUACCGAAGAUACGCGACUUCGAGAACGUCAGGAUGCUCGGCGCCGGCGGCUUUGGCGCAGUGUACCUGGCGCGGUACAAGCCCGUGGGCUUCGAGGCCUCGCUGAAGCUGGUCAACAUGGACCGCUUCUCGCGCCACAAGCAGGCCGCCAUGGACAAGGUGGUCGCCUCGGUCAUCCGCAACCCGUUCCUCGUCAAGUACUACUCUUGCUACUGCGUCAAGGAGGCCUACGUGACCAUAAUGGAGUUCAUCCCGGGUCUGGACCUGCAGCGUGUGGUGACCAAGGCCGAGUACCUGAAGGUUGACGCCGUGCAGAUAAUCAUGGCGCAACUCAUCCUCGCCAUCGAGCAUAUGCACCUGCACGGAUUCCUCCACAGGGACAUCAAGGUUUCCAACAUGCUCAUAAUGCCCGGCGGCAGGGUGAAGGUAAUCGACUUCGACACGACCAAGGUCUGCCACGGCCAUUUUUCCAAGCGCGUCCUGAGGCACUACUUCAAGAGGACGGCGUUCGAAUUCAACGACAGCGAGUCGGCCGGGACCAUACCUUACAUGGCGCCGGAGAUACUCAAGAGGCGACCGUACGGCCGCUCGGUCGACUGGUGGUCGUCGGGCAUCGUCAUGUACAAGCUGAUGACGGGCAAGGUGCCGUUCCGGGGCAAGACGAAGCAGAUGCUGCGCGAGCGCAUCAUCACGGCGCCGCUCAAGUGGCCCCGCGCCACGGACGCGCACGGCCACUCGGCCACCACGCCGGCCAAGGACAUGACGUACCGCCUGCUGCGCAAGAACCCCGCCGAGCGGCUCGGGUCGCGCAUCUACUCCGACCUCAAGACGCACUCCUUCUUCGACGGCUUCAACUGGAAGCAGCUGUACACCAAGAAAGAUCUCAUCGACAUACCCGCCAUCAAGCAAGUGCAGGAAGAGGACAAGAAGAAGGCCAGCGACAGCGCCGACGAAGACGACGAGCGGCGCCACCAGCAGAUCGACGACAUGACAGACAUCUUGCCAGAGAUGCAGAAGCCGCUGCUGUGCUACGCGUCCAAGAGCUUCCGGAAGUUGAUGCUCGCGCUGAAAGAAAAGCACGGCAAAGUCAACGCGGACAUGAUGGACACUAGCGGUAACGAGAGUUCCGAGCUGCGCUACGACCGGCCGAAACGCAAACAGAGCAUACCCGAGCCCUCUGACAACCGAGACGCCCUCGAGAAAGUCGACCUGCUUCUGUUCAGGAAAAAGAAAUUCUACAAAUUCUGGGGCUACGGCUUCUCGUUGCGACGGAGCAAGGGCGAAGACGAUUCCUUCUACAUAUACGUGGACACGGUGACCGCGGACAGUCCGGCGGACAAGUCCACCGUUCUUCCGCUGGACGUGGUGCUGUACGUGAACGGAAAGUCCGUGAUGAACGAGUCCCUGUCCAAGACGCGAAAGCUCAUCGCGCGCACGGGCGACACCAUGGUGCUCUCGGUGAUGUCAUGCAGCUCCUACCGGCUUCUCACCACGCGGAGAGACAUGUUCAGCAUCAUGCGCUCCGUGCCCAAGGAACAGGUGUCCUUACGCAGCGUGGGCUUCUCGUGUGGCGGCUCGGCGCCCUACGGCUUAGGCCUCAUCGACGCCAUGGUCUACGACGAUAGAACCAAGCAGUUCACUCGCUGCUUCGUGAUCACGCGCGCCGACGUGAACGUGUCGGGCAAGGGCUCCGUGUACCCCGGCGACGUGGUCACCGCGGUGGACAGCACGGCGCUCGAGACGCUGACGAUCGAGCAGGUCAUGCAGUUGCUGGGCAUGGGCAAGGCCGAGGUCAGCCUGUCCGUGGUGCCCCUGUCGCCCAUGCGCUCCGGCCGCUUCGUGAUCAGCAAGCUGCAGGAGCAGACCCUCACCGACGGCAGCGUGCCCACCCGCUCGACGCGCGCGUCCGAGACCAACCUCUGACGGCGCGCCGCAGCUCGAGAAGUCGUUCGUCGGCGUGCUCGCGCCGAGUUCCUAUGCGCAUGCGCGAUGCGUCAUGCAUGCGCUGCGCAUGCGCGAUGCGACGCGACAGGCGCUACUCGAGCUUGGCGCGCCAGCGCGACGCG